AUGGGGGAUCGACCGAGAGGGACAGGGACAGGGAAUAGGGGAAUGGGAGGGGAAUCGACCAAGAGGGAGAGGGAACAGGGGGAAUUGACCGAGAGGGAGAGGGAACAAGCAUGUAUGAGAGCAGCUGUAACUGUGAUAGCUACAGGGGUAGCUAUUAUUGAACAAGAAAGAAAUAGAAUUUAUAUACCAAGAGAACCACGUAUAAAUGCAAUUGCUCAACGAGAAUUCUAUAUUGACAGCAUUUUGAAUCGAGGUGAUAGACAUUGCGUUGAACAAAUUCGUAUGAAACCUGUUGUCUUAUAUAGAUUGUGUGAUGUUCUCACAAGUCGUGACCUAUUACGAUCAACUCAAAAUGUGUCUAUUAGGGAGCAAGUAAUUGUGUUCUUACAAAUAGUAGGCCAAAACCAAAGAUUUCGUGUUAUUAGUGGUAUAUACUAUAGGUCUGUUGAAACUAUCAAUCGUUACUUUAGAAUUGUUUUAAAAGCAGUUCUUAAGUUAUACAAACACCUUAUUAAAAAUCCAGAGGAUACAGUUCCAACAGAGAUAAUGAAUAAUCGAAGAUUCUAUCCUUAUUUUAAGGAUUGUGUGGGUGCAAUUGAUGGUACCCAUGUUCCUGCAAAUGUUCCUGUUGAGAUUCAAGGAAAGUUUCGAGGGCGAAAAGAAGGAACAACACAAAAUGUUUUAGCAGCUAUAACUUUUGAUUUGAAGUUUAUAUAUGUUUUAGCUGGCUGGGAAGGAAGUGCCCAUGAUUCACGGGUUUUAGGUGAUGCAUUAUCAAGACCUAAUGGUCUAAAAAUUCCAAAAGGGAAAUAUUAUCUCGGUGAUGCUGGUUAUGGUAUUCGAAAAGGAAUCAUUUCUCCUUUUCAUGGAGUUCGAUAUCACUUGAAUGAGUUUACAGAACGUUCACCAGAAAAUGAAAAGGAGCUAUUUAAUCUUCGACACUCUUCAUUGAGAACCGUUAUUGAGCGAGGGUUUGGUAUUUUGAAGAGUCGUUUUAGAUCAAUUGAUGGAAAAUCUUUUUGGUCUUAUGAAACACAAGUAGAUGUUGUGCUUGCAUGUUGUAUUAUUCAUAAUCACAUAAUGGGGGUUGAUCCUUAUGACUUUCUUAUGGAAGAAAUAUGUUCGGAUAGUGAACCAAUUAGACGAACAAUCAACUUAAGUCAACGGGAGGAAAGGGAAGAGAAUAGGGAGUGGAUAACAAAAAGAGAAAUGAUUGCCUCGACCAUGUGGAAUGAUUAUAACACUCAUAGAAACUAG